AUGGCAACAGAUUUCAAAUCUAUAAUAGCACAAGGAUCAUCACAAUUGUUGAGCAUAUUAGCAACUGGUACAUCUAAACAAUUUUUGAUUAAUAGAAUUUCGAACAUAUCAUGGUUUGAUUAUUUCUUUUUUGCUUAUGGUCUAUAUGAAAGUGUUGGUUUUCUAAAAGAUAAACCUCAACCAAAGACAGACAUCAAGGGAUGGAUGACCUAUGAAGAAUCACAUCAACUAUUAAUGGAUCUGCUAGAUGAUGCUUCAGCACCAAAGAAUGAAAUCGAUGGUACCAAGUUGUCAUCGCUCUACUAUAGCAAUGAAAGAGUUCAAUUAUUCAUUAAUUUGAUUCAAGAUAUACCAGAGUAUAGAAAGUUGUUCCAAUUGCCAGAGAUCUACAAUAAAGUGGUCUACUGCAUAGCCAACAUCGAUGAAUUGAUCAGAGAGAAAUCACUCCAAGCUUCACAAGGAAAAUCAAUUCCACUUUACGCUGUCUAUUUCUAUAUGGAUAUGCACAAGUGUCCUACAGAUAUCCUAAAACUUCUCAAUCUAAGAGAAUCUCUAACAAGAAUAUUUUCAUUUUUAACAGAAGAUUAUAAAAAUGCACCUAUUGAAGUUAUUAGAAAUGUAGUAUCACUCGGUACCAAUCCAAAGGUAACUUUUGGUGUUCGUAGAAUGUGUACUAUUAUACUUUCUAGAUUCGCACUUUCCAAAAGCAAUAUACAAACCAUUAUCGAUGCCAAUGGUCUUCCUCUCAUUCAGUUCUAUGUUACCUGUCUCUAUCCAGGAAGAGAGGAUGAGAUAUCAUCUAUAAAUGCUCUAGCCUCUGCAGCACCAUACUCAUCGAUCCCAUUCAAUCCAGUAGAUAACAAUCAAAUCAUUACACGUCGAGUAUUAUUAGGACACAAGUUGCGAUCUUUAUUCUUCACUUUAUUAAGUCCAGCAACUAUUUUAUUAUACAAUUAUAAACGUUCAGGUAAUUUAAAUCAAUCAUUGGCAACCACUGGAUUAUAUUUAAUCAUUAAUAACUUCUAUAAAUACCCAACAACGAGAUUUGUGUCAUUGUGUUUAUCUCUAUUAUAUAUUCCAACUUGGAAAGAGAACACUAUGGUAUAUGAUAUCUAUGAUAUCUUGCAAGAUAAAGUACACUGGGUAAUGCUUCAAGGUCAUAAUCCGGUUCAGUAUACUGAAAACGAUUUCGAUCGAAUUAUACCUUCUACAGAUAUGAUGCUUAACUUUAAUAUAAACAAAAUGAAAUCCAAAAUUAGACACAACAAAGAAGAAUAA